AUGAAAUCAUUCAAUCGACUGUGUUUAUGUUCUCGUAGUAAUGAUGUACAUAGUUCUGACGAUGAAUUCUUUUUUCAUGAACAAGAAUUAAAUAGUAAUUUAACGAAUCAUAAUAUGCAACGUGUACCAGUUAAAGGUGAUGGUAAUUGUCUUUUUUAUGCGCUUGCCGAAGGUCUUCUCUACGAAAUGGAAAUGGAUCCAAAUAGAUUUUGUUUACAAUUAGAAGCUUUUGGUUUAUCAUCAAAGCUUCGUGUCACCGAUUUUGCAAAUUCUCUACGACAAAUAUGUGUUAAUGAAUGGAAAUUAAAUGAACAAUUUUAUAGCCAAUUCGUUGAUACACACCAAGUUUCGUUUCUAAAAGAGGUUAAGAAAUUUUCAAAAAACGGUGUUUCAGAUUCUACAUUAGGCGAUAUUGUACCAUUGACCGUAUCAAAUAGAUUAAAUGUUAGUAUUAUUAUAUUUACUUCCGUUUCCAAUCUAUCUCGAAUUGAAGUCGAACCAACUCAUGGAAAUAAUACACCAGCAUCAUCUCAAAAAACAAUCUAUUUAGCUUAUAACCAAUAUGGAUUAGGACAUUAUGAUGCAGCUUAUCCUCGUGCUUGA